AUGAGUCAGUUCAAGAUGGUUGGGCAGAAGAAGCCUGAUAAUAAUAGUACUGCUGCUGCUGCUGUACCAGACGACGAGGAAAGUCGCCGCGACUCCGAUGGCAUUUCGAACAAGUCAAAGGAAACGGCCACGCCGCCGCAUGCGUCCCCGCCGGAACAGAGCGUAGCACGCACCUACUCACGCUGGCAAUGGAUCAGUGUCCUCGUGUCCAUCUACUGCAGCCAGUUUCUGUACGGCCUCGAUGUCACGAUUGUAGCUGACAUCCAGGGCGCUGUCACCGACGCCUUUGGCGACGUUGCGCUGCUGGGCUGGCUGGGAAUCGGAUUCCCGCUCGGCAGUGUGGCGACGAUUCUCUCCUUUGGCAAGGCGUAUAGCACUUUUGAUAUCAAGUGGCUGUACAUUGGCAGCAUGGCCAUGUUCACGGCGGGCAGUGCGCUGUGCGGCGGCGCUCCAGACAUGAAGUCUCUCAUCAUCGGGCGUGUGUGGGCGGGCGCGGGAGGCGCGGGAAUGUAUCUUGGUGUCCUCAAUCUCAUUGCAGUUGACACGACUAUGCAAGAGCGCCCCGUGUAUGUUGGCAUCAGUGGAGUCGUCUGGGGCGCAGGUUGCAUUUUAGGGCCUAUCAUUGGAGGAUCUUUUGCCGACAGCUCUGCAACAUGGCGCUGGGCUUUCUACCUCAAUCUGGUUCUUUUCGGACUCUUCAGCCCCGUGCUCUUCUUCGUCCUGCGCCCAUUUAGCUUCCAGCCCAACGUGCCUCUUUCAAACAAGCUCGUUACCAUGGACUGGAUUGGCAUCGUGCUCAACGCGGCGCUGUGGACCGUGUUCGUGAUGCUGUUCACCUUUGCAGGCUCCCAGUGGGCGUGGGACGACUACCGGACCAUUAUCCUUUUUGUCAUGCUUGGUGUUAUUCUCCUGGCCUUCAUUGCGAGCCAGUACUUGACCAUCCUCACGACAAAGGAGAUGCGCGUGUUUCCCGCUGAUUUCCUGCGAAACAAGACUUUGAUCCUGCUGUAUAUCUGCCAGGCCUGCGCUUCGACCGUCCUCUUCAUGCCCAUCUACUAUAUCCCCAUCUUCUUCCAAUUCGCGCACGGCGACACCGGCGUCCAAGCUGCCGUCCGCUUACUCCCCUUCAUCUGCAUCGGCGUGUCCGCAAACAUGUUCCAAGGAGCCAUGAUGCCUAAAUUCGGGCGAUACAUGCCCUGGUUCUUCGCGUCGAGCUUGUUUGCCGUCAUCGCCGGCGCCCUCUUCUACGCCGACGUCGACGUCAACACACCCACAUCGCGUAUCUACGGCUACUCUGUGCUUCUGGCACUCGGCGCCGGUCUCUCGCAGAUGGCCGCCUACUCGGUUGCUCCGACCCAAGUGCCCGCGCACCGCGUCCCGGACGCCGUGGGCUUCAUGAACAUGGCGCAGAUCGGGUCCAGCGUCAUUGCGCUGACAAUCGGGUCCUCGGUUUUCCAGAACAUCGGAUCCCGCAAGCUAGCGGCCGCGCUGGCCGGCCUGGGCUUUACACCUGCCGAGAUUAGCGGUGCGCUGGCCGGGCGCCGAUCUGCUGUUUUCUCGCGCGUUUCCGACGAGGUGCGCAAGAGGCUGAUUGAUGCGAUUGUCGAGACCAUUAAUACAGAGUAUGUUUUGGUGAUUACGGCUGGUGCGCUCGGGCUCGUCGUCUCGUGCUUUAUGAAUAGGGGGAAGUUGGCUAUGGAAAUGGCGGCUGGUGGUUAA